UCGAGACACGUCUACAGCCUCUACUCCAAGCUUCUGCCUGGUCAUCUCUCUUAACACUCUCACCUGGUCGUAUGUAACCUUUUUUUUCUUAAACUCAAAUCUUUUCUGAUUCUUUUCGCUUUUUCUUUCACUUUCCUUCUAUAUCUGAAAACUACAAGCCACAAACAGACUUUGAUACCAAAAAAAAAAAAAAAAAAGGAGCUGAGUUCUUGUUCUUCUUCUUCCCAAGUCAUGGGAUACCAACGAAGAGCAAAGCUUGCACUCGAUACUUUUCGAAGUUACACUUCCAAGAUUGUAACCCCCAAAGCUCCAAUUCAAGAACCCACUUCUAGAAUUUCCCAAACUGGGUCUUCGAUUUUCACUUACAAUAAAUCUAAUAAUCUUUCUGGGUUUUCUUCAUAUUCUUGUAUUUCUCAAAGACUUGGUUUACAAGUUUCACCCAAUAGAAUUCGGUUCAAUCAGAUUCAUUCCAACCCUUUUCUCGGAGGUGCUAAGAGAUAUUACUACGUUGAUCGGUACCAGGUUCGGCAUUUCAGGCCACGAGGGCCUCAGCGGUGGUUUCAGAACCCAAGAACUGUGCUGGUAGUGGUUCUUGUGGGUUCUGGGGUAUUCAUCACUGUGUAUUUUGGGAAUUUAGAGACAGUCCCAUAUACAAAGCGAACCCAUUUCGUGCUUUUGUCAAAAAGCAUGGAGAGGAGGCUGGGAGAGACGCAAUUUGAGCAAAUGAAGGCAGCAUUUAAGGGCAAAAUAUUGCCUGCAAUACACCCUGACAGCGUGAGGGUGAGACUGAUAGCAAAGGAUAUAAUUGAGGCAUUGCAGAGAGGGUUGAGGACUGAUCAGGUGUGGAGUGAUAUGAGUUAUGCAUCGGAGGAGAGCAUAGGCGGCGGAGGCCAUGAGACGUUGAUGGCAUUGAAGGAGAGGGAGAGUGAGGAAGGGAAGUGGUUUAAAGAGGAUGAAAUUCUUGAUGAUAGUUGGGUUCAGCAAAGUAGGAAGAAAGGUAAAGACAGAGGGUCUCUAUCAGCCACUUCGCAUUUGGAAGGAUUGAAUUGGGAGGUUUUGGUGGUCAAUGAGCCUGUUGUUAAUGCAUUCUGUUUACCGGGCGGGAAGAUUGUCGUGUUUACGGGCUUGCUUGAACAAUUUAAGACUGAUGCUGAGAUAGCAACUAUAAUUGGGCAUGAGGUUGGGCAUGCUGUGGCUCGACAUGCGGCUGAGGGGAUUACGAAGAACCUGUGGUUUGCAAUUCUACAACUGAUACUUUAUCAGUUUGUUAUGCCUGAUAUUGUCAACACAAUGUCAACUCUUUUCCUGAGGCUUCCUUUCUCCCGGAGGAUGGAAAUGGAGGCAGACUACAUAGGGCUGCUGUUGAUGGCCUCAGCUGGAUAUGAUCCUCGUGUGGCCCCCAAAGUGUACGAGAAGUUGGGACAGGUGACAGGCGAAUCAGCUCUCAGGGAUUAUCUUUCAACCCAUCCAUCUGGAAAGAAGAGAGCUAAGUUGCUGGCUCAAGCCCAGGUCAUGGAAGAAGCUCUUGGCAUAUACAGGGAAGUAAGAUCAGGUCGUGGAAUUGAAGGUUUUCUUUAGGGCAACACAAACACCAAUGUUUAACUUGCUUUGCUGUGUAGUUGGAGGGAAGCUGGCUGUCAAGUUCUAAGCCUUCCUCUUUUUGCUUAAUUUUUCCGUAAUUGUAAUUUUAAUUUUAUUUAGUAACAUUUUUUAUCUGUAACUGUAUUUAUGCGGAUUGGGAUUCUUUUCAAGUUGAGCCUAUUAUCUUAUUCCAUUUCCGGGUUCUUAGAGAA